AUGACAAAACUGUCUGAUGGCCUCCUUCUCUCUCUCCUGAAGGUGCUGCUCCUGCCUCUGGCACCUGCCCCAGCCCAGGAGUCAACUUCAGCCUCUACUCCAGGCAGUCCUCUCUCCCCCAGCGAAUAUGAACGCUUCUUUGCUCUGCUGACCCCAACCUGGAAGGCAGAGACUACCUGCCGUCUUCGUGCGACCCAUGGCUGCCGAAACCCCACUCUGGUCCAGCUGGAUCAAUAUGAAAACCACGGCUUGGUGCCGGAUGGCGCUGUCUGCUCCGACCUUCCUUAUGCCUCCUGGUUUGAGUCGUUCUGCCAGUUUACUCAGUAUCGCUGCUCCAACCAUGUCUACUAUGCCAAGAGAGUUCGGUGUUCCCAGCCAGUAUCCAUUCUCUCACCUAAUACUUACAAGGAGGUAGAGGUUGCAGCAGAAGUCGCACCCACCACCAUGACCUCCCCAUUUUUAUCUCAUAUCACAGCCACAGAACGGCAGGCCUUCCAGCCCUGGCCUGAGCGGCUGAACAACAACGUGGAGGAGCUGCUCCAAUCCUCCUUGUCCCUGGGAGGCCAAGAGCAACUGCCUGAUCACAAGCAGGAACACAGACUGGAGCAACACAAAAAAGAGCAAAUGCAAGAACAAAAGCAGGAGGAAGAGCAGGAGCAAGAAGAGCAAGAGGAGGAACAAGAGGAGGAGGGAAAGCAGGAAGAGGAGCAGGGGACAGAAGAGGGACUUGAGACAGUGUCUAGUUUGCAGGCUAAUGCAGAGGCUAAGUUUCUGUCUGAAUCUUUGUCUUCCAACCCUCCCUCCUUUACUCCCCGAGUCCGAGAAGCAGAACCUGCUCCUGUCAUGGAGAACACCCAAGAGGUCACUCAAUCAGCACAAGAAAUAGAUGAAAUGAAUGAAAUAUAUGAUGAGGAUGUCUACUGGAGCAGAAGUCAAAACCCUGGCAGCCUCCUGCAACUACCCCACACAGAGUCCUUGCUGAUAUUGUGCUAUUCAAUUGUGGAGAAUACCUGCAUCAUGACCCCCACAGCCAAGGCCUGGAAGUACCUAGAGGAGGAGAUCCUUGGUUUCGGGAAGACGGUCUGUGACAGUCUUGGGCGGCGACAUACAUCUAUCUGUCCCCUCUGUGCCUUCUGCUCCCUGAAGCUGGAGCAGUGCUACUCAGAGAACAACCUGCGGCGGCAAGAAUGUGACACUUCCCACAAGACACCCUUCCUCAGCCCCUUGCUCACAGCCCAGGGUGUGUCUGUCGGCACCCAGGUAGGGUCCCCAGAAGCAGGCCGCUUUUAUGGGCUGGAAUUGUAUGGUGGGCUCCGCAUGGACUUCUGGUGUGCCCGGCUUGCCACAAAGGGCUGUGAAGAUGUCCGAGUCUCCAGCUGGCUCCAGACUGAGUUCCUUAGCUUCCAUGAUGGGGAUUUCCCCACCAAGGUUUGUGACACAGACUAUGUCCAGUAUCCAAACUACUGUUCCUUCAAAAGCCAGCAAUGUCUGAUGAGAAACCAGAAUCGGAAGGUAUCCCGCACGAGAUGUCUGCAGAAUGAAACUUACACUGUUUUAUCCCUGACCAAAAGUGAGGACCUUGUGCUUCGAUGGAGCCAGGAGUUCAGCACCUUGACUCUAGGCCAAGUUGGAUGAGCUGGGAUCCAUUCUGGCC